AUGAGAUUAAGGGCUUCAAUAGAAGAUGAAAGCGUCAAAGAACGAAAAGAAUUUGCACAGUGGAUCCUUGAUUUAGGAGAUGGAAAGCUUGCUCAUUCAGAAGAUGGAUACAACAUGGUCUCUAUACCACCUGAACUCUUAAUUACAAAUUUUGAUGACCCAAUUCAUGCAAUCGUUGAAGCUAUAUAUAGUGACUACCUAAACGAUCCCACAGAGUUCAGGAAUUUGCAUGGCCGUGCUAUUUUGGCUCCAACAAUCAACAUUGUUGAACAGGUUAAUGAUUAUAUGCUAGCUUUAAAUGAAAAUGAAAAAAAAAAUUAUCUCAGCUCCGAUUCACCCUCCUUUAAAGAAGGAGCAGCAGAUAGUCUAGCAUCAAUGCAUACUCCAGAAUUUUUGGCAACUAUUAAAUCUCCCGGACUUCCAAAUCAUGAGCUGAUCUUUAGGCAAGGCUGUCCUGUCAUGCUUAUUAGAAAUAUUGAUCAUUCAGCAGGCCUUUGUAAUGGUACUAGAUUAGUUAUCACAAGGCUUGGCAACAAAGUUAUCGAAGCAGAAGUCUUAUCAGGAUCUAACAUUGGUGAAAAGGUUUUCAUACCUAGGAUGACAUUAACUCCUUCGGAUACAAAACUGCCAUUUAAGUUUCAACGAAGGCAAUUUCCUUUGAUGCUCUCAUAUGCCAUGACUAUAAAUAAAAGUCAAGGACAAUCAUUGGAUUAUGUUGGAUUACUCCUUAAACAGCCAGUAUUCACACAUGGCCAACUAUAUGUUGCAGUCUCAAGAGUUACUAACAAAUAUGGACUGAAGAUUGUUAUUUCUCAUGACAAUUCAAAUAAUUACACUGAAACCAACAAUGUUGUUUAUCAUGAAGUUUUCAGAAAUAUUUAA